AUGACACAUGGCAAAUUUUGUGACGUGGAACGAAUUUUGUCAGUGGUCUUAUCAAUGCUGGAUAAAUCGUGUUGGGUUGCCCCGACCGCCCGCACAACAGCUGCUCACCCUGAACACUAUAACAGACCUGGAAGCUCAAUCGAUACAGAAUGGGUCCAACGGCUCAGGGUCAGUUCUAGAAGCAACCUCCAAUCAGCAGCUACCAAACAAGGUCAUCAGCCCCUCAGAUCAGCAAGGCCUUCCACCACAAAUCAGCCGGAUAAGCCCCCUCCCCACAAAACAACAGCCCCCACUUCAGAAGAAACAAAAGAACAGAAUGGGUCCAACAGCUCAAGCUCAGUUCCAAAAGUAACCUCCACUCAGCUGCUACCGAACAAUGCCAUCAGUGCCUCAAAACAGCAAGAGCCCCUGCAGCACUGCAGCAGUGCUAGCAGCCGCAGAAGGUCCUUCACCACAGAACAGCUGGAGAAGUUUCCCCCCUACAGAACAGCAACCCCCAGUUCAGAAGCAACGGCUAGCAGCAGCUCAGGGUCAGUUUCAGGAGCACUGGCUAGCAGCAGCUCAGGGUCAGUUCCAGAAGCACCGGCUAGCAGCAGCAGCAGCAGCAGUGCUGGCAAUGAAUGUGUGCUUUUAAAUGUUGGUGUCAGGCUGUUUGGCAAUAUAGUCUUGAUAUCACCUCUGGAUGGUGACCUCAUGUGUGAUCAAGUUUUUGUUGUUCGUAUGGGUUCACAUAUCUUCUGUAGAAGCAUUAGGUCAGAUGGUUGGCCUUAUUACCCGGACACAAUUGAAGGCAGCUUUACCCAGACUUGUCCCUACAAUAUUGGAAUUACAUAUAAUGAAGUUCAACGUUGCUUCCUGACAGUUGGUUUGGUAUUCCCUGAGGAUUUAUUUGUGUUCCUUAUUAAUAAAUGCAGAUUGAAGGAAGAACCUUUGACGUUUGGUCCGCUAUGUGUUCUAAAACAUCUAUUGCCAAGGCUAUCUGAAGCUUGGCACAGUAAACGGCAUAAUCUUGUUGAAGCUGUACAAUUCUUGCUAGAUGAGCAAGAUUUAGGUGCCCGAAAGGUGCUUUCAGAGGUUCUUUGCUAUCUGGCACCUCUCUUUCCAAAAAAUAUCAACUUGUUUUGGCAAGAUGAGGAUGCUUCUAUAGAUCCAUCUGAGGUUUUCAACAGAAUUGUUUCCUCUGUGUGCAUAUUACUGACAAAGAACGAGCUUGUAGCUACUCUGCAUGGUUGCACAUCAGCUAUAUGUGAUAAGAUCAAGCAAUCAGUUGAAGGGGCCAUUCAAGCUGUAAUUGAGUUUGUCACAAGAAGAGGGAAUGAACUGAGUCUGAGUGAAGCUGAAGUUUCAAGGUUACCAAAUAAUGAAAUUUUAAUUUAG